AUGAAUGAUCUUGUUCAACUCUCGGAGCUGAAAGAAGUCUUGACUUCUACUUGCAAGAUCUUGACGGAUCCCAAUGAUCUUAGUUUUGCAGAGUAUCUAAAACGAUGGACGGACAUUGAUUUGAAGACUCCUGGAGCUAUCGUACUCCCUACUUCAGAAACUGAUUGCCAAAAUACUAUGAGGAUUCAACCACCCGAGCAUUGGUCUCUUCCUAACACAGAAAUAGGUGAAAUGGGCAUCAAAAUACUCGGAGGUCACAGUGCAUGGUCUACUAUUGGGAGUGACGGCAUCAUCAUUGACCUGAGUUUAUACAAGGGUAUAGAGGUGCACGUAGAGUCUGGCACUGCAAUCAUCAAAGGGAGUAUUCUCUCUAAAGAAGUAGCAGUAACUCUUGCGGAAGCUGGGUUCUUCACUGCUUUGGGAAACGGUAACACGGUGGGCGCUAUCCCAUACUUUCUUGGCGGUGGUUGUUCCAUUACUUCUUCGGUUACUGGUUUUGGCUCGGACUAA